AUGGCCACGUAUAUACACGAACUAGAAACAACACUAGAUGCCCGUGAAGACGAGAACGCUAAAUUGGCUGAUAAGAUGUAUGCGGGGUUUGACAUGCUGGACACAGUUAAAAUAAAACAGGAUGAACUGUUCCACGAGAUGGAAAAUAAAAACAGUAAACUAAUUCAAGAGCUUGACGAGCAUAAAUGUAUGUUCGACAAGCACUCGGCGGGCUACCAAGAAGAAAUUGACUAUAAGAUCAUGAAAUAUGCAGAGCUGGAGAAAAAAUUGAGCAUCGAACAAGACUGUAACGAGAGUUUGCAAUCUUCGAUGUGCGAAUUCAAAAUGAAAUACGAAAAGGACGUCUGCGCGUCGCAGGCAGAGAUGACUGGACUGCGAAAGGAGUCGAAACAAAAUGUCGCUAAAUUAGAAGAGGCUGAACAUCAAUUACAAGAAGCACGAAAUGAAAUAGUUCAGCGAACGACCGAGUUUGAAAAGACAAUCCAAGAAACCCGUGAAGCUUUAUGCAAAGAGAAAAAUAAAUUGGAGGAGAAAAAUGGUAAACUUAAGGCUAGUAAUCAGUCGUUAAUCUCAAGCAUGGAGUGUAUUAAUACGAAACUAUGCGAAUCGCUAAUGGAAAACAAAAAGCUGAAAUGUCAGCUCGCAGAACAACACGAAUCGAUAAAACUUUUGGAGUCAAUGAAAAAUAGGCUACAGCAGGAAAUGGAAAACAUCAAGGAGAACGAGGAGAUGUCAGCAAAAAUGUUGGUGACAGAGCGUGAACAGCAUGCCCGGGAGCAGAAGAUUUCUGAAAAGAAAUUAGAGUUCAAAGAUCAGGAUGAGCGUGAACUCAAGGAGUUAAGUAAUAAACUAUCGGAACGAAUUAAAUGUUUGAAAAAAAUGAUACACGACGAUGAUAUGUCCAAAAUAUGA